GUCAGGAUGUGUGCACUUGAGGAAGCAGUCAUGGCGAUUUGGGGCCCGUUUUUCUCGCGGGCGCUUUGUAGCAAGAGGAAAACUGAGACACAGCGGGUGUCUGGACUGUGGCUGAAGUGUUGACACGGCUCUGUCGCCAUAGCUGCCCUGCGCGCUCGUCAGUGGCAGGGGUCCGCCGGCGAUGCUGUUAGAAUGGAAACUGACAGUACUUCGCCCGCCUGCCUCCCCAGAGACGUUUUCCUCACUGUAGAAGGCCGUGAGUUUGUGCUGCAUCGCAAAGGAUGACCUUUAGAUUAAAAAAAAAAAAGAAAGAAAAAGCAUCGGCAGGUUGCCUUACUUCUGUUGCUGUGUUGCUCAGCUUCUGUUUUGGUGCUAGGGUAGCCCAGGUCUCAUACUUCUGUUGCACCGCUGUAGCGACUGAAAGAUGGUUUUGUUUUCUGGCUAAGACUUUCCCCUCUGGGAGGAACACACGGACCCAGGCAGCUAGGCACUGGGAUCGCCCGGGAUUGCACUCCUUGUUCUCACACACAGACACCUGCAGAAAACUUACAUGAACGGAGAUGGAACAGCCACCAGGCGAUUUAAAAACCUAAGGGACUGUUGAUACCAGGCCAGAAGGAUCACAUCUUUUAGAAGUGGUAGUGGGCAAGAGCGUGAUGGCGGCGCCCGAGGUCGCUGGCGUUGCGGCCAAUGCCCCCGAACCUCCAGAAUCCUCCUCUAGUUUGUGUGCUUCCCAAUCAGAAGCAGGCCUGCCAGAUGGCCUAAGCCCCAAAGAUCCUGCACAGAAGCAGAAGAACUCGCCUCUGUCGAGUGUAAGUAGCCAAACGCUAACCAAGGAGAAUAACAGAAAUGUCCAUUUGGAACACCCAGAGCAGAAUCCUGGUUCAUCAGCGGGUGACACUCCAGCAGCGCACCAGGAAGUUGUAGGAGAAAACUUGAUAGCCACAGCCAUUUGUCUUUCUGGCAGUGGGUCUCAGUCUGAUAUGAAGGACUUGGCCAGCACAGCAGGCGAGGAGGGGGACACGAGCCUCCAGGAGAGCCUCCGUCCAGUCACUCCAUCCCAUAAGGCAGGGUGCCGUACAAAGCAGCCUGCCUCCGAGAAUGGCCCUGAAGAGAAGUCCCCACAAGCCUCCAUCCAAAAGGAAGGGAGCAGGGACACAGGCUUGGAUUUCCGACCUGUGGUGCCUCCCGCAAAUGGGGUUGAAGGAGUCAGAGUGGAUCAGGAUGAUGAUCAGGAUAGCUCUUCCUUGAAGCUUUCUCAGAACAUUGCUGUACAGACUGACUUUAAGACAGCUGAUUCAGAGGUAAACACAGAUCAAGAUAUUGAAAAGAAUCUGGAUAAAAUGAUGACAGAGAGAACCCUCUUGAAGGAGCGUUAUCAGGAGGUCCUAGACAAGCAGAGGCAAGUGGAGAAUCAGCUCCAGGUGCAAUUAAAGCAGCUCCAGCAGAGGAGAGAGGAAGAAAUGAAGAAUCAUCAGGAGAUACUAAAGGCGAUUCAGGAUGUGACAAUAAAACGAGAAGAAACAAAGAAGAAGAUAGAGAAAGAGAAGAAGGAGUUUUUGCAGAAGGAGCAGGAUCUGAAAGCUGAAAUUGAGAAGCUUUGUGAGAAGGGCAGAAGAGAGGUGUGGGAAAUGGAACUGGAUAGACUCAAGAAUCAGGAUGGUGAAAUAAAUCGGAACAUUAUGGAAGAGACAGAGCGGGCCUGGAAGGCAGAGAUCUUAUCACUAGAGAGCCGGAAAGAAUUGCUGGUAUUGAAACUAGAAGAAGCAGAAAAGGAGGCAGAACUGCAUCUUACUUACCUCAAGUCAACUCCUCCAACACUGGAGACAGUUCGUUCCAAACAGGAGUGGGAGACGAGACUGAAUGGAGUUAGGAUAAUGAAAAAGAAUGUUCGGGACCAGUUUAAUAGUCAUAUUCAGCUAGUGAGGAAUGGAGCCAAACUGAGCAGCCUUCCUCAAAUCCCUACUCCCACUUUGCCUCCACCCCCAUCAGAGACAGACUUCAUGCUUCAGGUGUUCCAGCCCAACCCCUCUCUGGCUCCUCGGAUGCCCUUCUCCAUUGGGCAGGUCACAAUGCCCAUGGUUAUGCCCAGUGCAGAUCCCCGUUCCUUAUCUUUCCCAAUCAUGAACCCUGCCCUUUCCCAGCCCAACCAGCCUUCCCCACCCCUUCCUGGCUCCCAUGGGAGAAAUAGCCCUGGAUUGGGUUCCCUUGUCAGCCCCCACGGUCCACACAUGCCCCCUGCCGCCUCCAUCCCGCCUCCCCCAGGCUUGGGCGGUGUUAAGGCUUCUACUGAAUCUCCCCGGCCCCAACCAGUAGAUAAACUGGAGAAGAUCCUGGAAAAGCUGCUGACUCGGUUUCCACAGUGCAAUAAGGCCCAGAUGACCAAUAUUCUCCAGCAGAUCAAGACGGCACGUACCACCAUGGCAGGCCUGACCAUGGAGGAACUGAUCCAGCUGGUAGCUGCACGGCUGGCAGAACACGAGCGGGUGGCAGCAAGUACUCAGCCACUUGGUCGGAUCCGGGCCUUGUACCCUGCUCCACUGGCCCAAAUCAGUACCCCAAUGUUCUUGCCUUCUGCCCAAGUUUCAUAUCCGGGAAGGUCUUCACAUGCACCAGCCACCUGUAAGCUGUGUCUGAUGUGCCAGAAACUUGUCCAGCCCAGUGAGCUGCACCCAAUGGCAUGCACUCAUGUGCUGCACAAAGAGUGUAUCAAAUUUUGGGCCCAGACCAACACAAAUGACACUUGUCCCUUUUGUCCAACUCUGAAAUGAUGGAACUGACUGGGGAGAAAGAAGAGGAGAAAUUGAUGUGAACAGGAAGCGCGGGUUCAAGAUUUCUAAAACUCUAUAUUUAUACAGUGACAUAUACUCAUGCCAUGUACAUUUUUAUUAUGUAGGUAAUGUGUGUAUAGAAAGUCUGUAUUCCAAUGUUCGUAAAUGGAAGUAUGUAUAUUAUGCAGAAACAGUCUUCCCCCUCAUCUUGCAAUUCUUUCCGAGGAUGCAAAUUGUAGGGAAGAUGUUUAGUUUGGCCUUGAAAUUCUGAUAUCCCUACCUAGGGCUGUUUUCAAAUACAAUAUAAAAACCAUCUGGGAAGCUGCUGUUGCUCUAAGGCCAUCCUGCUUUGGUUUGUGUCAGCCUCUAGUCUAUUUUCUUAAGGCUUAUAUAUGCAGAUUUGAAGCCUGGUGCUCACCUGCUGUCCAACCAGAUGCCUUGCUUAUCAAAAGCUCCUGGAACCCUCAAUGUUCCAGCCACUCUACUCCCAAUAGUUAAAAUGAUGCACUCAUUGAGGGCAAAAAUGUAACCCUAAUAGUUUGACUUUUCAUUGAAUAUUUUACUGUGUUAACUCAUUAUUUGUAUGUAGACCUUAGGUUUACAGAAUAUUCUGUUUGACAUCAGCAAAAUUCACAGUCCAAGAAUAACAACACAACAGGUCCCAUUUCCCCCAUGCCUCCAGCAACAUGUUUUUGUCCACCCGACCUUCUGGAUAGAAAUUAAGACAACUUACGUGCUUUUCCUGGGCCUAGCCAUCUCUUGCUGCCACUGGCUGGGCAUCUAAUCAAGCUCUGACCUGCCAACUUUGUGAAGUCCCCAUCUGUUCACAUUCACCUGUGGUCUCCUAACCUCCCUCUCUCCCAAAGGGUAAGGCAAUUAGCUCAUAACCAAGUGGUUUGGUGACCUUGGGUAAGCUCCAGACAGGCACUAGCGUGAGAUGUCUGUGCGAAAUUCCUUGUGGAAUGACAUUGGGAUGCUAGGGUUUAAUUUUUGAAGCAAGAAAGCUAUAGGGGAUGGAGACCAAAGUGAUAGGAAGAAGGGAGGUUGAAUUUCAAGUUUGUGGCUCAUUUGUUCUGGGGAUAGUUACCUGGGACUAGAACAUUUUUCCACCUCUGCUGAUUGAGCACUCUGUGUUUAGGUUUUCUAACUGGGAAAGUUAGGACUUUAUCAGAGCUUUGAAUCUUCUUCUAUCCUUCUAUCUCCACUUCUACAGGAAAUUGCUUUAGCUCCCUUCUCUUUUGGAAUUAAAUAAGUAAAAACUAAAUGCUAAUAAAGACAAAAACCAAGCAAACAAUUGGCUUCAGGGGAAGGAUAUCAUUACAUUACCAGCAACUGAGUUUUUUCCAUUUGGGGACCUGGAAAUGCUUACCACUACUAAUAGUACAUACCAGGGAAGGAAUGACUGCAUUUCAGAUCUAACUAAAUUAUCUCCUAUUGUUGUUGCUGUUUUCCUGCUUUGUCUUCCAUCCUUGCCUUUUAGCUCCUGGGUGAAUUCUUCUCUUGUCUUACUUGCUCAUGUUUAGCAUCUUGUCAGAUGAUUGCAAUGGCCUGAGUAUUCCAUUCUUUAGAGGUCAGGUGACCCACUUUCUUUGGUUAAUGAAAUAUUACUGUUCCCAGGUUGGUAGCUGUCAUGAACAGGAAUGGGCAAAAUAGAAGACCAGUUCCUUUGCUCUUUUCAUUUAGGGGACUCAUUGUUUAUCUUGUAAGAUUUUCUGUCCUCUCAACUUUGUAGUGGUGGAACUCCUGCAGUAUAUUCUAAUAUCCUUUGAAAAUUUAGAAAAUGGAAGUGGUUGUAAAGAAUAUUGCUUCUUUUCCAAAAAUCUUUGAAGUCAAAGGAGUAGAGUGAAAAGGUGGGGAUAAAUAGGGGGCUUAACUGCUUCCCAGUAAAAACCCCUGGAAAAUCAACUCUAGCAGGAGGCUAAGUGUUUUGGAGAGCUGUGUGUGGGAGCUUGAGCCUUCUUGUAGCUCUUUUUCUUGUUCAGGAUCAAUCAAAAAGCAGCACUUAAGUUUUGGCCACCCCUGGUCUCCCCUCUUGGCUGUGUUCACUAGCCUGCAGUGGUAAAAGCAUGAAUAUCAAAAGGAAGGGCCCCAAACCCAAUGGGCAGAGAUGGGACAGUCAUUUCACAGAAGAAUUAGAAAAUAAAAAUAUGUUCUACAUAUUUUUUAUGAGCAAGAUGCUAUUAAGAUUUUUUUUUUGUUGCGGUUACACUUAGAAUUCAGUUUCAGGGUAAAGAAGAAAAUAAGUGCAAGUUUUCUUUUAAAAAAAAUAGUAAGUAGGACUUAAGGAACGAAGGGGUUGAGUUUUAUGCCUUGAAAAGAGCUGGGAAAAAGCCAGUUUUCCCCAACAAGGUUAGAUAUUAUAAAGCAGAAUGUGGUAUUUUCUUUUCACAGUAGCAAUUCUGGAAGUUUAUUUACACAGUAAAGUCUGAGCUAGAAAUGGACAGUCUGCAGGCUGCUGUCAGUCUUUGUAGUGACAGAGUGUUUCCAGUCGGUCAGGCAGCACCACGUGCAGUGGGAAUGAAGAGAACCCAGAUAAGAAACUGUGACUCAGUAUUCUUGUUUUAUUGGUUUAUGGCUUGUGGCUGAGGCCAGGAACCCCAGAGGCCCUCCUUGUAUUUCCCUCUCCCUCAUCUGAUGAUUCCACACUUUGUAGGUCCCAUACCUGGAAGCAGUGUGAUGACCAAAUAGGAAUAGGAUGCAGUGGGUAUACCAGCAAAAUUCGGUUCUUCCCACGAACAUUGGUGUCAUAGUCUGUUGGAACUGAUGGGGAGGAAAGGAACUUGGUCCCCACUACCUAGCCCAAGAACCAGCCUGGGUACCCCCAUAUUACUAGGAGUGGGGAGCAGAGAGAACAUAGAGGGAAAGGAUGGCCUCCAUCAAGGAACCCUUUUGGUGAAGGAAAUGGGGAUGCCCAGGGGCUGCCAUCCUUUCUCCAUGCAGCCUUGAUGCUGAUGGCAAGGAUGUUAGAGCCAGAACACCCUGCAUUGCUGACAUUCUUGGAUAAUACUAGCCAGUAUAUGAAGCCAUAGCCAAAUAAAUGGAGGGACCAUUAGAGAGGGCAAGAAAGUAACAAAACCACUCUGUAUUCUGUAAAGACCUUAUACUUACAGCUGAACAGGGAGAAAUUCAGGCAGAGGUAUAGGGCAUCAACUCUAUACCUGUUGGGUGAAUCUCCAGGAUUUUACUUUCAAGGGUUAGGUAGGAGAGGUCUCCUAUCUCUGCCUUUUAGCACCUUAGCUGCAAAGCUCCCAAGGAAUAGGGCUUUGGGGGAAGGAGUGAACUUGUGACCAGGAAGACAGAGCCCAGCCCUGCUGUAUUCCAACUUCUCUCCGGUAGGGCACCUGAGACCUAGGGGAUUGGGAUUUUUCAGCACUACCUGUCGUCUGUGAAAUGAAGCGUUCAGGCAAAGACAAGUGAGAUUAAUAAGGUAGAAAUUCAUUUGUUAAGCAGAAUUUCUUAGUGGGCACUUUUCUCUUAAGAGAGCCAAAAAGAGCUCUUUGGCCAGAUAAGCCCUUUUCCUUUCUUGCAUUUAGUCAGACUGCAACCACAGAAAAGAAAACACUGGAAAGCGACACCCACCUUACGAGAUGGGAUUCUGUCUUGGAGAUGAGGUCUAAAACUGGGACUGACAUGUGGUUGUGUUUCUGUCUUUUCUAGCUUUGAUCCAAGCUGUUCCAUGUCUGCACUCCCUCUCCUCUUCUUUCAGAUCACCCUCAAGUGUACACAUCUUCAAUCUAAUAAUUUUUUUGUUUAAUUCAAGAGACAGUUUUUGCAUCAAUGUUAGGCUUGUUUAUAGAGUCCCUAUCUCUAAAGCAAAUCGCAAACUUUGCAUCCUGUCCUGCUGACUUUGCCAGCAGGAAAAUCAACGUGGCUCUUUCUCUGCCAGGGUACCGUAGGGACACACUGGUGUGACCUGGGUGUGAUACCAGUACUUCCGGAACUGCCAAAGGAGAAUACUGUGGGUUGGAAAAUCUAAAGGUGGUGGGCAAAGGUUCAGGGCUGAAGUUUCAAGCAGCAGAAUUUUCCAACUCAACUGUGGGGUGACCAAGAGUAUUCCCGCCACCAGGAUGCUUCUUUCUUCCCUUUCCUGUCUCCCACAGGUGCAAUCCUGUAACCCACCUUGCCAGCUUUCCUUCUUUUCUGUCACGGCAGAGGCAUUUGGUGGGCAGAUGAGGGUCCUGAGGUGCUCUGGUCACAGAUGCCAUCUGUGUCUCCUACUUGUGACCAAAGUGAACCACCCAGAUGUGGUCCAGGGGAAUCUCUCUUCCGCCCAUACUGCUCAUCACUUCAGCAGGGAGAUGUCGUCAGCAAAGUCGUCGUGCUGAUGGCGCAGGCAGCGGAGGCAGCGCCACUGACACACCAUGAGGCAGAGUGGCAGCAUGAAGAGGGCGCAGAUGGCAGCCAUGACAUAGGCUAUGGUCAUAAGAGUUGACUCAUCUGUCUGUGGAAUGUUGUAGCCACAGUCUUCCAUGUCCGGGGUGACAAAAGGGCCUUCUACUGCUGCUGUCCUGAACUCGUCGUGCACUGGGGAGAGGACAGAUGUGAAUGGGCAGCUCAUUGUCAUAGAGCAGUUUGGGUUUUACAACAAAAAACCUUCCUUACCACUAGAUCCCAGCAUCAGCCCCUGUUGACUCUUUCUUGGAGAUAGUUACAGGCAGUUUGGAAACCUGUGCUAGGUGGAGGCCUUUUUCCCUCCCCAGGGCACUGGGAGCAACACCCCUUCCCUAUAGUUCUGAGCUGACCAAAAAGCCAGAUCUAUGCAGCUGGUAGACUUACUUGCUGCUGUAAAUACUGCAAACCCUGCCAGCUCUCUUGAAGAGCAUUCAGCCUCUCCAUACGGCAGCCAGUAGGGCUUCCCAAGGUGCCCUGGCAGCUGUUUGCUCAGGGUUUCCAACAGAGGUUACCAAUCCAGGCAAGGGCCACCAUGGCAGACACUGACACUAGCACUUGCACAAUAUGUUAAUAUCUCCUAAAGUAAACAGGCCCAGGUUUAUAGGGAGAACACGGGUAGACUGACCCCAUCCCCAUCCCUGGCACUCUCACCAUGGCAAGCACUGACAGCAAAGCCAAUUCGUUUUCGGGCCCGAUCAAAGACAACAUAGAAGCCCUCCAUGAUGACAGCUCCCAUGACAGUGCCGGUCGAUGACUGUGAGAUGGCGAACUUGUAGCAGUCAUCUUGCGACGUGGCCACAUCUUCCACUGGCCGCAGGUAUUGCUGGGGUGAGUGAUGAAAGGGUGAGAGUGUGUCUUCCUCACUCCAUCCCGUACCCCAUCUCUGCCUUCCAACUAUCUCUGCCCCUAGGUAGCUCUCCCCCGCGUCAUCCCUGAACUCUGAAGAGUUGGGUUGUCGAAGACCCCUUUAUCACUGAAUGCUCAUCUGUUUUGUCUUCUAAGCCCUGGGAAACUGUGUGUGUUCACUAUCUCCCAGCAUGUGCUUUGUCUUCUCCCUGGUUCCCAUGGCCUCAGGCUAGGGGAAACAUACCUGUGGAAGGAUGGUGAUGCGGAAGGACUGAUUGGUGACCUCACCCAUGAGGUAGAGUGAGAUGACUGGGAAAAUGUUCCAAGGGGUAGUGCCUGCUUGCCAGCACACCAGCUGCUCCCCUAGCCAGAAACCGUCCGGAAACUUCUCCGUCUGUGUUGCCAAGUAGAGAACAAUGAGAAGUGAGUCUCUUUCACCAUCUCACCUCUCCCGUCACCAGAUAACGCUAACUGGGUCUCAUGCUUGCUUUUCCAGGGCUAUAGCCAAGUAGGGAAAGGUGAACUGUGACCCAAGGAGAAUAGAGGAAGAGAGCAGGAAAUGGAGGUCAAUUCAGUUGUAGCAGGGGGGGAUUGUGUGAUGAGGACACAGACCCACAAGGGAGAACACUUUUUAGGAGCUCUGAGUGGAAGGACCUAGCUGCAGACAUCGUGGCUUGCUGAGCGGUGUGACCCUAUUAAUUUCCUCUGACACUGCGUCAUCUCUUGUACCCCGUCCCUGGUCCACUGACCGAGGAGGCUGCCUUGAUCGACUUCACUGCAGCUUCAAACACCUUCUUGGGCAAACGAAGGUUGGUGGUACCACUGUCCACGAUGCUUUUGUCGUAGUUGUACUAAGAGGGAGGAGAGGUUAAGAGAGUCAUGAGUUUCCACCGCCAGGCUCUGGGCAGAGGCAGAGGCAUGGGUUAGAGGCCUGGGUCUGACUGCCUGGGUUGUGCCUGGCUUGGCGUCCUGGCUUUGCCACUUGAUAAGCUUGGUUCCUUGGGCAAGUUACUUAACCCCGUGCCUCAGUUUUCCCACCUCUGAAAUGAAGAUAAUGCCUACCUCAAAGGGUUAUUAUAAGGAUUAAAGAAUAUACCAAGGUCUUAGAAUUGUGACCAGCAAAUAGGAGGCACUCAGAAGUGAAUUCUUAAUAUCUUGGCUGGGCAGACACUCUCCAAAUCUUGAAAGUAAAAAUACUUUUAAAAAAUACUUUUAGGCUGGCGCCGUGGCUCACAGGGCUAAUCCUCUGCCUGCGGCACCAGCACUCCGGGUUCUAGUCCCAGUCAGGGCACCGGAUUCUGUCCCGGUUGCUCCUCUUCCAGUCCAGCUCUCUGCUGUGGCCCAGGAAGGCAGUGGAGGAUGGCCCAAGUGCUUGGGCCCUGCACCCACAUGGGAGACCAGGAGGAAGCACCUGGCUCCUGGCUUCAGAUUGGCGCUAUGUGCCAGCUGUCGUGGCCAUUUUGGGGGUGAACCAACAGAAGGAAGACCUUUCUCUCUGUCUCUCUCUCACUGUCUAUAACUCUCACUGUCUAACUCUGCCUGGCCAAAAAAAAAAAAAAAAUCUAAAAAAAAACUUUUAAAAUGCUUUUAACUUUUUGUAAUACUUUUAUGUCUGUUUUAAUUUAACAUACAUGAGAAUCUAAGGAGGGAAGACGCAAAUGGUUGGGUAUGGUUAAUCAUAGACUUAACUCUAUACCUUUUGUCUGAUGUUUGUCAGUCUUUGAGAAAGUGUUUUUUACUCCUGCUUUGCAGAUGAGGAGACUGAAACAAUAGUAAGGUGCCUUAGGGCACACAGCUACUAAGUGGCAGGCUAUAGUCAGCUCCAGGUCUUUCUGACUCCAACACCAUCUCUAUGUCAUAUCAUCAUAGCACAGUGUUGCAAACAGCUGGACCAAGGUCUUGAGGCAAGGCAGUGACUAGGGUCUGGACGUUAGAACCAGUUCCAUGCUUUUUUCAUUUCUAGACCAUAUGUCCUGUGGCCCCUGUGCAAGUGCUUUGCCAGUCCUUGCCCCAAACCCCAGGUCCUGUUACAUAGUUGUCCUGGGCUCCACACAGUCCCCGACUCCUCACAGGUCCUAUGCUGCUGCCUCAUCCUCCCAGCCUCACAGCCAGGGUCUUCCCUCCCACUGUGCCCCUCUCCCCUCACCUCCCCUGGCCCCCUUGGUUUUCUUACCUCCUUACAGUCCAUUUUCAGAUCUUGUCCAUUGAUCUCCACCCGCACAAUGAUUACCUCGUAAUACCAUUCCCGCCGGAUGGGAGUGUACCAGAGGCUGCCCGUGUACAGCGAGUGGUCGAUUCCCCCAAUGAUCUAGGAGAAAAAGAGGUACCCGGGUCCCAGCACAGGAGGAGAGCAAGUUGCUGGGAGACUGGAUCACCUUUUUGGUCUUCCUGCUUUAGUCAAGUCAUGCUCAGACCUGGCUUGCAGUUUUUUAAAUGUGUUCAGAGGAAGAGACUUUCUAGGAUUUUCAGUUGUUUGAGAUUACGCACCCCAUGGUAUAAGGUUAUUUAAAUCCAAAUUGGCAUAAUAAAUGUUGAAUGAAUGAUUA